UGAAUAAAAAAGGAUAGGCCAAGAUUUAAGCUCCACCACCAAAACAGCCAUGGUGGUAGUCACUCCAUCAUCUUCUUUCCUCCUCCCUCUACCGUCUACACUCACUAAUUCAUCUUCCCACUACGCCGGCGCCGCCAAUUCCUUUCUGUUCUACUACAAACGAACCAGCUGCCGCAGCAAAUCCUCCAAAUCAAAAUCAAAAUCCAAUGACAGAACCUUGUCUGUUAGGUCUUACAUGGACGAAGACAAUUCAAUCUCCGGUAUCGCCAACAAAAUCAUCGGUUCCCUCCCCGUCAUCGGACUCAUAGCUAGAAUUAUCAGCGACGAAGGCGGCGUCGGCAACGACGUAAUCGAUUUCGCCGAGUUCCGCAGGAGAGUAGGCAAGAAAUGUACAAUUAAUGAUUCUAGAGCUUUCUACAGAUUCCAAGAACGCCGCGGUCGGUCAGGUGAACCGUUAUAUGUAUUGCUAUGUUGCUGGUUAGCUGCGGUUGGUGCUGGAUUACUUAAAUCUGAAGAAAUUCUUGAAGGAGUUUCCAGACUUAGGGUUUCAAAUGAUAUUGAAUUUGAAGAGGAGACUUUUGUUUCCAUGUUAAAUGAAGCAAAAGAGAGGAGAUCGAAGCUGAGAGUGACGCCUAAGAGUAUACCUAUGAAAAAUAGGGCAGAGAAAGCACUUGAAGCUGUGUUUGUUUGUUGCUUUGGACAGGAUGCCAUUGAUGAAGAAGAUGAGAUGUUAUUGGGGGUAAUGAUGAAUUCUGUGUUUCCUUCGAUUGGGGAAAUGGAGAUGAAUAGGAUUGUGAAGGAGAAAUCGAAGCAAUUUGGAGAUGAUAGUGAAAGGAAGAAGCUUUUAGAACCCAAACGUUUGCCGAAAGAAGCAGUGCAGAUGCAAAUGAAGGAUCUUAAAUUCCUUCAACAAGAAACUGAAACAUAAGUGAAAAUCAAUAGCAUUAUUGUUGUCUUUUGUAAUAAUCCAUGUACUGUUUUAAGAACAUAUAUUUUACUUUUCUUUUUAUCUGAUUUUUAAAUAAAAUUUUGUUAUUUCAAACA